UAAGAUCACACCAGCAGGCAAUCUCUCUCUCUCUAAGAUUCUCUCACAAGCAGGCAAACAUGCACACAACGUGCGGGGCACAAGCAUGCAGCGUAUGCCGAUAAUAUAAAUGAUCUUCUGCUUAAUGAAGGCAAAUGAAUGUGCCAACUUCUUAUUAACGCAUAAUUUGAAAAACAAGAAACUCAGAGAGAGAGAGAGAGAGAGAGAGAGAGCGAGAGAGAGCUUAAAAGGCUUGGUAUUAAAAACUUUUGUUUUACUUUUAAAAUUGAAUCUUGAAUGGACAUAUUAGUAUCUUUUCUCUCUCUAAGGUAUGCCAAAUUAGGCCCCUUUUUUUUCGGCAAUGCAGAUCUUAAUUGCAUGGUUAUAACAGAGUUGUGCAUCUAUUCUUACAUUUAUGCUCUUUUUUAUGUUUCAUGUUUCUCUUCUCUAUCACUCUAUGAGAAAUUGGUUAGCCAUUCUAGUGCUUUUUGUUUUAAGUUUGAAUUUUGACCCAAAAUUUUCAGCUUGGGUAACUUGUUUUGAUUUAAGGCUGGUAAUGUACUUACUGUGAAACUUUUGGACUGGAAUUAGGGUUUAUAUAGAGCUUUUCUUAUAACGAAGUAAUGUGUUUUGUGAUUCCAUAGUUAGUGCAAUGAUUCUGGUUUUAUGAGCCCAUUUCCAUUUGUUGCUUUGAUCCUAUGUUUGGUGCAAUGGUUCUGGUUUUUUGUGCCAAUUUGCAAUUGUUGUUUUCUUCUUUAUAGAGAUCUUCAGAGAAUUGGGUUAUUGAAUCUGUUACUUUCUAUGAAUGUUGUUUUUUGCUCUAAUUUGAUCUGUGUCUUUCUAUGAAUAGCGUGUCUUGCUCUAAUUCAAUCUGUUAUCCAUAAUUUACAAAAGAAUUGGCUUGUUGCACUAUGGCCCCCCAAUAAUAUUUCUUGUUUACGAGUUACAGUUUGCACUUUGCAGUCUUGAUGAUUUGUCUCUUUUAGCUGAUCUAUUCAGGAUUGUCUGAGAUUUCCUCUGAAAUUUUUGCAAUAUAGACUGUACAGGCACUGUUAUAGAUAUUGUUAUGGGAAAUCAGUGUUUGUGCAUAACAAAAUGUCCUAGUUCAAAUUGGGUCAUCUUGUUUUGAAGACAAGAUGCAGAAAUCCAGAAAGAAAAUAGAGCCCAAGAAGGAAAAAUCCCCAUUUAAGAAUUCUCUCACUAAAAAGUGGCAGUCAAAACCAAGGUGGCAGUCGAAACCAAGGUCACAAGUGAAGGUCAUUGCAUCAAUUCUCAAAAAGAAUAAGGCAUCAGAGUUUACUACUCUCAGGAGUCUACCCUCUAAGAAAUCUAAGGUUGCCCAUAAUGCAAAAUCAGUGAAACAAACUAUUGGGAAGAACCCUGGGGUAAAUUUGGAUAGGGUACAAUCUUCACUGAAACAAGAUGUGAGGAAAGAAGCUACUGUUGUAAGAGCUCGGAAAAAGAUUAAGAAGAGUAAGAGGAAGCAAAAUGUUCAACUUGAUGAAGCUUCUCGGUUGCAGAGGAGAAUGAAGUACCUUUUGGUAAAAAUUAAGCUCGAGCAAACCCUUAUUGAUGCUUACUCGGGGGAAGGUUGGAAAGGUCAGAGCCGGGAAAAAAUAAAACCAGAAAGGGAGUUAGAGAGAGCAGAGAAGGAGAUUCGAAAGUGUAAACUUGGAAUACGUGAUGCAUUUCGGCAGCUUGACUUGCUGAGUGCUGAAGGAUGCAUUGAGGACUCUGUGAUUGAUCCUGAUGGAAGGGUUUUUCAUGAACAUAUUUUCUGUGCAAAAUGCAAACUGGGGGAGGCUUUUCCUGAUGAUGACAUAAUUUUAUGUGAUGGGGCUUGCAAUUGUGGGUUUCACCAGAAGUGCCUUGAUCCUCCAUUGGCCACUGAAGAUAUUCCUCCUGGAGACCAAGGAUGGCUUUGCAAAAUUUGUGAAUGUAAGACAGAAAUUUUAGGAGCUAUAAAUGCACAUCUAGGUGCCAGGUUCUCUAUUGAGAACAGUUGGGAGGACAUUUUUAAGGAAGCAGCUACAUCACCUGAUGAUGAGAAUAAAUCUGUGCUUGAUCCUGAAGAAGAGUGGCCCUCCGAUGAUUCGGAAGAUGAUGAUUAUGAUCCUGAUCAAAAUGGAGAAAGCAGUGGGGGAAGAAGCAUUGAUGCCAAUGUCUCUGAUGAUUCUAGUAGUUCUAAUGGCAUGUUUUGGUCAUCUGAUGAUGCUUGUUCCCAUAGUAGCAGAUCUCAUGAAGAUGGUUUCAUGGCCGAGUCCCAUAAAAGAGUGGGAACCACUAACCUCGGAACAAGUGAUUGUCCUAUAACACUAGAUUCUGAGGAUGGUGAUGGUCGAGAUUUCACACUUUCUCAAAGGAGACACAGAAGGGAUGUAGACUAUAAGAAGCUUUAUGAUGUGAGUUGCUCAGUGUUCAACAUUUAUGUGAAAGGGUUGAGAAGGUAUAUACAGAAGCUUCGCAAGGUUUUUGCUGAAAAUGAGCUUCCCUCAAGGGCUUUCAAGGAGAAUAUUUCUAAGCAGCUGGGCCUUUCAAUUGAAAAGGUCAGCAAGUGGUUCAAGAAUGCUAGAUAUGCUGCUCUCAAAAUCAGAAAGGCAGAUACCACAAAUGGGCCCAACAGGGAAAAAGUGAAUGUAGCAUCAAAUAUUGGGUUUCGAACAAAAAGCAAGUUGACAAGAGCUCAUGUGGCCAAAACCCUACAGAGUGGUCACACGAGAGAGAACCCAAAAUCAUCACCCAUGCCCUCAAAGAAGAGCCAUAGAAGGGUACCGAGCGCACUGCCUGCCGACAUAAUCAAGAAACUACAGGCAGCUUUUACAGAGAAUCAGCUUCCUACAAUUGCUUCCAAAUUAAAAUUAUCAAAGCAAUUAGACAUCUCUUAUGACCAGGUGCACAUGUGGCUUAAAAUUUCUGGUCGCUUGCCCAGGAGCAAAAUGAGGACUCAAGGCUCAAAAGACAAAUCUACUUCAAAAAAGGAAAGGAGGGGAACUACCCAUUGUGAUGCUGAUGUAGGAAAGAAGGAAAUGGGUGAUACAGGAGAGCUAUAUUUAGCUGAGUUGGAGAGAUUGUUUGGUUUAGAAAUGAAGAUUGAGAGACUCAGAAGGAGCUUGAAAUUGGCCAAAAGUAACUGUUCAAAUGGUGGAGAUGAUAAUAUUGAUAAAGGGAACAGACCCACCUCAAUUGAACCAUUUGUCAUGUAUGUACCAGUUGCAGAGGUAAGGGAGAAGUUGUGAUUUCUUUUA